GAGUCCUAACAUAUACAACCGCUCGUGGCUGGGAGCAACAAUUCCAAACGUGGGUUUUGGAGAGGGGUUUCCUAAUGCAGCAGAAGACCCAGCCCUGCACCUUCUUCCCUGCGUAGGCUGUCAAUACCGCACGGGAGAUCUUCUCCUUCUGCCUUUCCUGCUCCCACCCCCUCGCCCUCCUAUGGGAAACGGUGUGGCCGGGGGUGGGGGUAGGCCAGCCCUUUUAUAAGCGUGGUCCUGUGGCAAGGCGAGGUUGACAGGAGUGACGGGAGAUUUGGCUCGCUCUGAGAUACCCUGGGGGUCCCGGGGAUGACUAAAGGGGGAAUGGAGUCAGUCGAAGUGUUCACGUCUGAAGGCAAAGGCAGGGGCUUGAAAGCGCAGAAGGAAUUCCUGCCCGGGGAUGUCAUCUUUGCGGAGCCAGCCUACGCUGCCGUGGUUUUUGAUAGCUUGACACACGUCAUCUGCCACACCUGCUUCAAACGGCAGGAGAGGCUCCACCGCUGCGGCCAGUGCAAGUUCGCCUACUACUGUGACCGGACCUGCCAGAGGGCCGCCUGGCUGAACCACAAAAACGAGUGCUCUGCCAUCAAGAGGCAUGGCAAGGCACCCACCGAAAACAUCAGGCUGGCGGCCCGCAUCAUGUGGAAGAUGGAGAGGGAAGGCAGCGGGCUGUCGGAGGGCUGCCUGGUCUCCAUCGACGACCUGCAGAACCACGUGGAACACUUCGGCGAGGAGGAGAAGAAAGACCUCCGUGUCGACGUGGAGAGCUUCCUGGAGUUCUGGCCACCCCAAAGCCAGCAGUUCGGCGUGCAGUACAUCUCCCACAUAUUCGGAGUGAUCAACUGCAACGCCUUCACCCUCAGUGACCAAAGAGGACUUCAAGCUGUUGGUGUGGGAAUCUUCCCCAACCUCUGCCAAGCCAACCACGACUGCUGGCCCAACUGUACCGUCAUCUUCAACAACGGCAAGAUCGAGCUGCGGGCGCUGAGCAAGAUCUCCCCAGGGGACGAGCUGACCGUGUCCUACGUGGAUUUCCUCAACGUGAGCGAGGAGCGGCGGAAGCAGCUAAAGAAGCAGUAUUACUUCGACUGCACCUGCGAGCACUGCAAGAAGCAGAUCAAGGACGACCUGAUGCUGGCGGUGAAGGAGGGGGACAACAAGCCCUCUGCAGAGACGGUGAAGGAGGUUAUCCAGUUCUCCAAGGACACGCUGGAGAAGAUCAACAAAGCCCGCCUGGAGGGAGUUUACCACGAAGUUGUGAAAUUGUGCCGUGACUGCCUGAAGAAACAGGAGCCUGUGCUGGGGGACACGAACCUCUACCUCCUGAGGAUCCUCAGCAUCGCCUCCGAGGUGCUCUCCUACCUCCAGAUGUUUGAGGAAGCAGCUGACUACGCCAAGAGGAUGGUGGACGGCUACAUGAAAAUAUACCAUCCCAACAACGCGCAGCUCGGGAUGGCUGUGAUGCGGGCAGGAGUGACCCACUGGCAUGCUGGCCUCAUCGAAGCCGGGCAUGGCAUGAUCUGUAAAGCCUAUGCCAUUCUCCUGAUAACCCACGGACCUUCCCACCCCAUUACCAAAGACCUGGAGGUCAUGCGUGUCCAGACGGAGAUGGAGCUGCGCAUGUUCCAGCAGAAUGAGUUCAUGUACUACAAGAUGAGAGAAGCUGCUCUCAAAAACCAAAAGAUCCAAGUCAUGCCUGAACCCAGCAAUGAGACAGCACCCAGCCUCUUCCACAAGAAGGAAUAGACCCUGAGCUUGACACAGUCAUGCCUGUGGGGCAUCAUCCCCUGUGGCACCUGGGGAAUGUGAUCUAUGAAUGAGACACACCCAUAAGGAUUGUUUCCAGUGGCACCAGUCUGAGAGCAUGGACCUGCUGGGGGAGAGUCCUGAAAAAUCUUCUGAGGGCUCAAAGCAGAGGAGCUCUUGGCAGAAACAACAUCCUUUUUCUACCAUUAGCAUUAAUAAUCCAAGCAAGAAACCUGUUUUAAAAUUAUUUACAUUCUUAUUGAAAACCUGUUUCUCUCUGA